UGGUGGACUCUUAUAGCUAUGGAAGGGUCAAAAGUUCUCCUAUCAAGCCAUCCGACCUUAAGGUCAGGCCAGUCAAUCUCACAAAAAUUCCUCAAUUUAUGCCUGUUCCACUUAAUAUGGUAGUCUUGAGUCACAAAUGCAGCCUUAAAAUGGUUCAACAUACACUCUAAUGGGGUUAAGGGUACACUCCCACUACCUCCCAUGAUCCUCCCGGGGCACCAGACAAGACAGCUAGGGAAAGGGGUAUGAGAGGAAAGUAAGGGGUCCUUCCUUCUCAGGGUAACACUUAAGAGAGUUGUCUCAUACUUUCACGUCUGACCCAGGAAGCUGGAGAAGCACGGUUUCCGAUGGGAACUGUGAAUGUCAGUCGCUUUCUACUGGCCCAAGGUGCUGGAUACUCACCGUCACCUUUGGGAACUUCAGUAGCCUCUCACACCACACACUGUCAACACUCCGCCCACCUUUUCCAAAGAUAGGGUGAUCAGUUCUCUCCAUCGUCCCUGUUUACAGGGAGGGAUUAUUCCACACCCAAUACUUGCCUGGAGGCGUGUCCUACGUCCUCCGGCCGGUUGAAGGAUGGCCUGAUCUCCCUUUCCUUCACAAGUGGUUCUUGGAGGUGGUGACUGCCGCUGUCGGAGUCCUGCGUCACCGGGAAGUACCUCGGUGUGAAGUGUGUCCGAUGGCGCCUGGGAAGUUCCCUCGAACUUAACAAGGUCCCCCGCAGGGGGGAUGACCCUCCAGAGAGUUACAAAACUCCUACUGUCCUGGUUGGCUCGCCAAUAAUGAUUCAGAAGACCCUUUUACCAAAUUCAGGAGACGAGACCACAAAGGUUGGAGAACUCAGGUUUAUUUGCGCAGAGGUUCAGAGCAUUUGAAUGACAAACUCUGAACCCAGGGCUACGCCCCAGGUGUGACUUUUAUCGAGUAAAACAUAACAUGAGAAAAGAAGAAGUUUACAUAAUUGGUUAUUUUACUAUGUUUCCAUAUAUGGGUAUUAUCUUCACCUUCAGUUAUCUUCUGUUAACACUUCUGGUAAGAUUUCUUAAUAUAAGUUCAUCACGGGAAUGAUAUAGAACAUAGGUCAUUUAGCUCAUCGGUACAUUUAACAAAUUCCUUAUUUCUGUUCCUUGUACUCUCCUGAGGUUUGCAACAUAACUUCUGCUCCAGCGUCAACACCUCUGAAAGCAAUAUAAUACUGUGAAUAAUACAAUACUUAGAUUAAUAUAGUUAUAGUGUAAGACCCUCCUGCCUCAUAAUAAUAUUGUCAGGUUUCGUUGCUAUCUUAAAUAAAUUUCAUUCUCAAACGCAAGGUCUCUAAUGAAUCUUUUUUUUUUAUUUAAGAAUAGGAGAACGACAUCCCUGAACUCUGUGUGCAGCCAAGACUGGCACCUCCUUCCAAACCCCUCCCUUUCCGUUCCUCAACCCCAAUGUCUCAUUGGCCAUCGUGCAGAUCCAUCUCUUCGUCCCAAGCACUUUCUUUUCACAGGAAUUUCCCCCCUCCCUCUGUCACCCAGGUGCCCCCUGGAAAAACCUGCAGUCAAAAGUUUUGCUUGCAAGUAGUCUCUGGUUACAAAGGAACCACAAGUGAGACACUAUGGAAACGAUGCAAAGGGGGAAAUGCUUCAACCGAAGGAAUCCGGAGAGACUCUCCAAAUGCUCUGAGUGCGGGAAAUCCUUUGCUUACCGGUCCCUCCUUUUGAUCCACCGGAAGCUGCACACGGGGAAUGGAUCGCAUCCAUGUUUGACAUGUGGGAAAUCCUUUCCUGGAAUGUGGGGCUUUGCUAAACAUCUCCAGAGCCACCCUGGACUGAGGCCUUACAAAUGUGGAGAGUGUGGGAAGCGUUUUACUAAAGGCUCGGACCUUGGAGCCCAUCAGCGAAUCCACCAGCGGAAAAGACCUCAGGAAUGCCAGAAAAGACCGUGGUUAUCUCAGAAAUCAGAGCUUCACACAGAAGAGAAACUUUACAAGUGCGGCCAAUGUGAGAAGGCCUUCGCUCAGAAGUCACAGCUUUGGCUCCACGAGGAAGUUCACAAAGAAAUCAAGUCUUAUAAUGCAUGCGGGGAAAAAAUUGCCCAGCAAUCAUCUCUUCGGCGUCACAAGAAAACAAACAGGAGGGAGAAAAAGGAAGAGUGUCCAGAUUGUGGGAAAUGUUUUUCCACCAAGGCAUACCUGAUACGACAUCAGACAAUUCACUUUGGCAACAGACCCUAUAAAUGCCCCGAAUGUGAGAAACGAUUUGUAGAUAUUUCAACACUUUCGAGACAUCAGGAAUUGCACAGAGGAAAGAGACCCUAUAAAUGUGAUGAGUGUGGGGAAAGCUUUGCCUCCAACUUGUAUCUUCGUGCGCAUCAGGAUGCCCACACAGGGGGGAAACCAUACAAGUGCACAGAGUGUGGGAAGUGCUUCCUUGUAAAGGGAAGCCUUUGGCAACAUCAGAUGAUUCACUCGCGGGAGAAGUCCUUUCAGUGCAUCGAGUGUGGAAUGUUUUUUCAUACCAAAGGAGGCCUCAAACGUCAUGAGAAAAUUCACAAACUAGAAAAAGAUUACAAAUGUUUAGAGUGUGGAAGGACAUUUGCUUAUUCAUCAUCCCUUAGAAACCACUGCAACAUAAUGCAUAUCGGAGUGACACCCCAUAAGUGCCCAGAGUGCGGCAAAUGUUUUUGCAGAAAAGCAAAUCUUUUGAGGCAUCAGCAAAUCCAUACCGGACAAAAACCUUAUCAGUGUCAGGAAUGUGGGAAAUCUUUUCCUCACAAAGAAUAUCUCAGGAAUCACGAGAAAUUUCACACAGGGGAGAAACCUUACCGGUGUGGGGAAUGCGGGAAGGGCUUUACUCGUAGUUCAGACCUUCGGGUACACGAGAAGAUUCACACAGGUAGAGAUUCUUAUCAAUGCCCCGAGUGUGGGAAAAGUUUCAGUUGGCGUUCAUCACUUCGGAGGCAUAAGAAAGCACAUAAAAGUCAGGAAAAGUGCCCGGAAUGUGGGAAAGGUUUUUCCCAGAAAUCACAUCUGUUGCGACAUCAGAAAGUUCACAUUGGAGACGGUCCCUAUGAAUGCCCAAAAUAUAUGAAACAAUUUGGGGAUUCAGCUGAACUUCAGAGACACCAGAAGGGGCACAGAGGAGAGAGGCCCUAUAAAUGUGGAGAGUGUGGGGAAAGUUUUUAUCAGCAUCUAGAACUUUGUGUACAUCAGAGCCUCCACAGAGGGGAGAAGCCGUAUCAAUGUGGGGAGUGUGAGAAAUGCUUUGCUCAAAAGGUAGAACUUGAGGAACAUCAGAAAAUUCACUCGGAGAAGCCCUAUCGGUGCAUCGAGUGUGGAACAUUUUUCCGUCGUGAAUCAGCCCUUAGAAGUCACAUGAAAAUUCACACAGAGGAAGUAAUUGUUUUAGAUUGAUAACUGUAAAUGUCUUCAUCACAACCCCUAUCUGCCCUCAUUUGUACUUUCAUAUUUAUACAUGGGAGUACCUUCAAGAGAGCCUUGCCAAGCAGGGAACCAAGUUUAAUUGCCAUAGGUCAGUGUUGGCAUUGACCAGUAUUGGGAAUGUGCACGCAUGUGCACACCAGUAACUGAAAGAGCAGCUGCCCAGUGUGUGCAUGUGCACCGGGUGGCUGCUCUUCCGGUUUCCGGCACUCCCAUAUGUGUGAAGACCAGCUGGCCGGCACACCGGAACCUGGAAGAACAAUAGUUGACAGCUCGUGUGCCCAGAGAGAUGGCUCUGUGUGCCACUUCCAGCACGUGUGCAUAGGUUCCCUAUUACGGCCUUAGGUAAAGGAGCUCAUGGAAGACUGUCUUGUGAUUUCAGGGCAACUAAACAGAAAGGUUCUCUUGGAUAUAUAUUUACUUCCUGGCCUCUCCUAGAGCUCCUGGUGGUCUCCCAUCCUGCACUCGUGAGCUUAUUGAAUAUUCAGCUUAUUGGAUGGAGAUAAAAGACGGGAUGAGAGAAUUGCUGGGGUGAAGAUGAAAAAAGAAAAAGAUAAACUGAGGGAAUUUUUUGAUGACUUGGUGUCAAGUUUGGAAAUAGAAGGAAUAGAAAUAUCAAUGGGAAAAUUAAAGGAUUUUGAUGUUUUAAAAUGAAUAGUCAAAGAGGACGAUCUUCACAAAAAGAUGAAAAUGGAGGACCAAAUAAAAUUGCUGGGAAAAGCUGGUUUUAAGAUUGAGACAGAAAUAAAACCCUUGAGUAUUUUUAUCCUGAA